AUGUGCGGCAGGACAGCCCAGGGUCUGGCAUCAGCGCAAAUCAGACAGCAGCUCGACAAGACUCUACCGAGCAAACCAAGAGACUUUUGGAUUGACGAGGAAAAGUACCGAACUUCAUACAAUGUUGCACCCACCAGAUACCAGCCAGUGGUUCGGGCUGACCCAAAAACCAAUUCAUAUGUCGUUCAUUUGAUGAGAUGGGGCUUGAUUCCAAGGCACACAAAGUCCAUGCCGGACUACAGCUCUGUUUUAAAGUCCAUUAACGCACGUGAUGAUUCACUCUUCAUGGGGCCGACGGGAAAGGCCAUGUUCAACCACUCUAAAAAUCACAAAAGAUGCAUCCUGCUUGCAGAGGGGUUUUACGAGUGGCGAAGACGAGGGAAAGAUAGGGUGCCGUUCUACACAAAGCGUAGGGACGGCAACUUGAUGUUGAUGGCGGCUAUCUAUGACGUAGCCCAGAUUCAAGGAUCGACGGAGCCACUGUAUACCUAUGCAACCAUCACCACCAACGCCUCUCCACAGCUCGACUGGCUUCAUGACCGCAUGCCUGUCCUUGUCCCCAACAAUGACCACGAAUUAAUCCGCAUGUGGCUGGACCCCAACCUAAAAUGGAAUACUACUCUGGAGGCGAUGCUGAAGCCCUGUGAUGAAUUUAUCGAUAUAGAGGAACCCGAUGAGAGUUGCGAAGGAGCCAUGGUCAUCAAAAGAGUCUACGCUUUGGAGACCUAUCAAGUGGACGAGAAAGUCAAUAAUGUUCGGAAUGAUUCUCCCGAGUUUGCUAAACCAUGGAACUCGAGCUCUAAUAAGCGAACACUCAACAGGUUUUUUGUCCCCAAAGCCUCUUCAAGCGACGCCGCCGCGUCACUAAAACUUUUUAGAAAGAUGAAGCAUGGCCAUGGCACAACGGAACAUGAGAAAUCCAGCGAAUUCAGCGACAGCGAAGGGGACAAUGUUCAUCGGAAACCAGAGGACAAAAUCAAGUCAGACUCUUUGGAUUGGGAGCAAGAGCAGAACAAGGUCUCUGUUUUGGCGGAAGAUUCACAGCGAGAUACAGGAUUUGCACAACAGGAAAAAGUCCUAUCGUACUCAGCGGUUCCGGACGACGAAGGACCAAAAGACGAAGAAGAGGAGGACAGCGAUUUCAGGCUGGCCUUGGAGUUGUCGCGUCAAGAGCAGACAGACAGCACGUCUAAUAUGGCAUCGACAAGGACUGGCUACCGUGGAACGCAUCCAAACUUGAGUUCUACUCCAACUGGAGGGAGCGCAACAUUUUGUGAUUUUCCUGGAUCUGUCGACCUUUUGGAAAAGAGGCGAAUGCAACUUCAGGAACAGGAUGAAGAAAUGAAAAGGGUUUUGGAGUUAUCGUUGUUACAGGCUAUCGCUAAUGGUCAUGAAGACGUUCACGCUCACAGCGACACAGAGACGCCACAAGGAGGACAUGCGCACGAAUCGGCAAGACGGGAGCAAGAAGAGCUUGAAAUAGCCAUAGCAGCAUCCCUAAACGACUUCGACAAUCCUCCCGAACUUCAACUGCCACAACAGUCCGUGCAAUCGACAUCUUCGACGACAACGGCGAUGGGGUCUUCAGCAUCAAAAAAGACAAAGGUCUCUGCCCCAUUGACGCCCAGGAAGCGAAAGCCUAACGUCAGUACGCCGGCUUCGCCCUUGAGUGCUUCCAAGAAGGGAAGACUAGGUCAGGAAAACAAGAUCACUGACUUUUUCCGGCAUGCGGCUCCUCCCUGA